AUGUGGAGACACAUUUUCAACAAUACAGGGUCUCAAGUAUCUGGCCGUCACACAUCAUCUUCUCGAAACCUUAUUCUAUCAAUUCUGAAUUCAACGGCUACCAAGCGCGAGGCCCGAGAUUAUUUGACGAAAUACACCAAUGAACCUGAAACUAUUAAUCACUGUCUCUUAGUCAUCCGACAUCUUCAUUUUUACAGACCUCAAAUCUUACAGCAACUAUCGAAUACGAUUAAAAGAUUAAGAAUUCUAGGUCUACGCCCUAUAUGUGUCAUUCCUCCCUCCAAACAUCUAAUGAAACAAGGCGAAAUAUUGGAUAAGAUCAUAACACAGGCCAGACUGAAACCACUCCAUAUACAAGAUGGCCUAGUGAAAACAACAGAAGGCACGUACAAGUCGGUACUACAAGAUAGCAACAGUAACGUGUUUGAUAAUUCAGUUCCGGACUUCGUUCCCAUAAUAAAGCCAUACAUCUACGAUGAGAGGAAGGCAUCUGAGUACAUUGCCAAUGAUAUGAUAAAGUUUAUGACACACAUGACGGCGGAUCCCAUCUUGAAGAUCGAUAAACUGUUCAUCUUGAAUAGGAUUGGGGGAAUACCGUCCGGUGAAAGGAACGAUAACGCGCAUGUUUUUAUCAAUUUGUCGCAAGAGUUUGCCUCUUUGUCUCAAAUGUUGAAAAGUAAAAUAGCCUCUCUGGCAAAAAGGGAACCUCAAUCCGAAAACCUGCUUGAUAGAAUGCUGGUGCAUAUACAGGAAGAUCAGCUCGUGAACAUGGAGGUCGAAUUCAAAGAACACUUGCAAGACUUGCAGCUUGCUAAUUCUGUCUUGUCCAACUUGCCAUUCACCUCCACAGGUCUCAUCACCACCGUCAACUCUGCAGCUUUAACUUCUGAUAAAAAUAAUCCACUACUCUACAAUUUGCUGACUGAUCGCUCUUUAAUUUCAUCUUCGCUCCCUCGUUUUAAAAGAAGAGCUCCCCGGAGAGGUUUUGAGUCCUUAUUAGCACCGGAAGAAAUGGAUACUUUCACCAAUGAGGAGUUUGACGAGAAUCAUAAUGAUGAAAAGAAUAACUACAGUAGUGAUGCAGUUUUCGUAACCACGGUACUAAAAAAGGGUGUUGACAUUCGCAUCUUCGACGACAAACUUCUUACAGCUCAGAACUCCAUUGGUCUAAUAGGCGAUCAAACUGGACAUACUGAUGCUAACUCUGAAAAGAAGAUCUUACCCAAAGAGAAAAUAAAUUUAACCAAGAUGAAAGCAAUUUUAGAUCAGUCCUUCAAUCGUUCGUUAAACCUGGAACAUUACAUGAAAAGAAUUAACGGCCGAAUAGCGGCAAUAAUCGUUAUUGGAGACUACGAAGGCAUUGCAAUCCUAACGUACGAGGGACCUAAGGAUAACCAGUUUGUGUAUUUAGAUAAAUUUGCCGUGCUACCACACUUGAAAGGGUCUUUGGGUAUAUCUGACAUCAUCUUCAACUUGAUGUUUAAAAAGUUUCCUGAGGAGGUUGUCUGGAGGAGCAGGAAGAAUAACAUAGUUAACAAAUGGUAUUUUCAGCGAAGCGUAACUGUGGUGGACCUAUCGGUGAGUAUAGAAAAUGAUCAAAAGGACAGUCAGUUCAAAUUGUUUUAUUACGGGAAUCCUGAAAGUACUGAAAAGACAAUGACUAAUGUAAACAGGUUGAAGGAAUAUGUAAGAUACGUGAGAGAUAUCAAACCAAGUUGGGAUAAAUAA